AAUGGCGAGUAAACUGUUUAUUCGCAAGGCGCAGGUACACGUGCCGGACACGUGUGCUUGGUGUGAUAGUGUACAGGACGUGAACUGGUACUGUAAUGACUGUCAGGAGGCUUUGUGUGACCGCUGUAAGGAGGGUCAUAAACGAGGAAAGAAGACAAGGAAUGACGACGUUGUUCCGAUAAAGCAGGCUAACAAAACCGGUCAGGUGGUACUACCAGAGGUUUGUAAGUUACACCCCGGUAAAACAUGCGAUCUGUUCUGUACAGAGUGUAACGUCGCCAUCUGUUCAAUGUGUUUUACACAGAAACAUAAACAGCAUGCAUUCAAACAUUUUGAAGAAGAAGUGGACUUACAGAAAAAGUACAUGCGUGACCAAUUAGAAACAUUCAAGUCCAAGUUAGACCAGUUCAGUGAGAAGAUAUCAAACCGUCACAAAGCAAGUCAAAUCACUCAAAGAAAGUGUCGAUAUCGUUCAAAAAGAUGUCAAAGAACAUGGAUCAAAAUUGAAGGCAGCGAUAGAUUCUAUCGUCACCUCAGUCUUGGCCGAAUUAUCAUCUUUUUUAGAGGAAGAAGACAAACUCCUAAAACAAGACUGUCUACCUGAUGAGAACAAAGUGACAGAAAUAAAACAGUUGAUCAGAGAAUUAGAGCAGCAGUCAGAAAAUCCAUCCGGUGAAGCAUUGUUUGAGCUGAUGGGAAAGCUACGGGCAUCUGUACCGCUGUAUGAUGUUACCGAGGACAGUGUAUUACCAUGUCCACUUAGCUUUGUAACCGGUCGACUUAACACAGAACAGCUGCGUUUGAUGAUCGGACAUGUUAAGAAAUCAGCUUAUUAUGCAAAAAAGGAAGUAAAUAGUCAACAUGUCCGAACUCUUUCUGCAUUCCAUGUCACUCAAAAAUGCUCCAUCACAUCAAUAUGUUGUACCGACGACACCCGUGCCUGGAUAUCAGCAUUUGGAUCUAAAAAUAUAAUCCAAGUUGAUAAUAAGGGGAAUGUCACAGAGACCGUUAAGCUGGAUUUUGAACCGCGGAGUCUGGCUUUCACAUACACUACAAAUCUACUUAUGACACGUCGGGAUGCUUCACCCCUAAUACACAACCUGACCAAGGACAAGCAAGUAAGGGUAUUUGCUGACAUCAGUCCAUUAAUUGCCUGGAAUAUAAGUGUCAACGAAAAUGAAGUGUUUGUGAGUACUGACGAGGCCACUAUAUUGGUGCUGAAUAUGUCCGGGAAGAAUGUCAGACAACUAUCUGUUGGUCAGAGCGGAAACCGUUUCGUAUGUUUGACAGGAGGGUAUAUUGCGGCUAUUACUGGUGGUAUUUAUAGGAACGAACUUAUUAUCACCAACCAAUUAGGUGAGGUCAUCCACACGUGGAGUGGAGAACUGGAGAAUGGUCAGAAGCUGUCACUGACAAAACAGAAUACUAUAGCUUGUGAUAGAUAUGACCGAGUAUUUGUACCGGACAUCGACACCAACCAGGUGUACGUCAUCUCUACAGGAAGUGAGAAACAAGCCAAGUCUGUCCUGGACAAGGAGCAUGGCGUUGACUCUCCGGCCGGUGUGUGUGUAGACAAGUGUGGACAUAUUUGGAUCGGCUGUGUUAGUGGCAGAGUUCAUGUGGUACAUCUGUAACCCAAAAACAGCCAUUGACAGAAAACCUUUCAUUACUAUCCGGGAUCCUGAAAAUAUUAACGUGCACACUUUUUAACACUGAAAUUUAUGACAUCCGCAUGUGGGUUAAUGUUCCAUUUAUAAUUGAACAGACAAAAAAAUCAUUAUGUUUUCAAAUAGAUACAUUCUUUGAUAAUUACCUUCCUCAGUUCUGUAUGUUUCAUAACUGGAUUGCAAUGUUCUGUGUCCAACGUCCUUAUCUGAAUGUUUUCUUCUGUCCUCGUGUUCUCUCGUGGUCACGAGACCGGCACGAAAAACUACGUUAACAAUUAGUUGGUCAUUAUAGCAAGAGCACCCCAUUAACAUAUUUAAUGGAGAAAGUGCUGUACAUUCGUAUAUUUCAUGUACAGUUAUUCAACGGCGGUAGGAAUUGGCAUUAAUUGACGGAGUGCCAAUAUAUUUACUACUUUUAAAAUAAAUUUGACGAUGUUUGACAUUACCGUAAGAACGUACAUCACUUUUCGGUGUUUACAUACAAAUACCUCCAUGCUCUUAUCUAUUUCAUAAGCAUUGAUUUUGGGUAAUGGGGGUAAUUGGGUGAUCUAGGACGAUUUAUGGAGCAAGUGUUAAUGUCCCUGCCUCAUUGUUUGGAAAUCGGAUUAAAGUAUCGAAGUCAGAAUAAAGAAACGAGCAAAAGUUGA